AUGUCACACUUUUCCAGCCCUAACUUCACCGUGCCACCGGGCGACCAGAGCGUCAAGAUUCGAAUCAUAGAUUCUACUACUAGAAUUGGCAACCUAAAGCUGGGAUUUCUCAUGGAACCUCCAAUGGAGGGGAUGGAAUGCAUGACUCCUCUUCCCGCUUGGUCAUUCCUUAUCGAGCAUCCUUCGGGUCAAAAGAUCCUUUACGAUCUUGGAGUUCCGAAGGACUUGAACUCGUUUCCGCCGAUAGUAUGUCAAAGUUUUAAAGAACAGGGAUGGGAAAUUGAUGUCAAAGAAGAGGUGGUCGACACUCUCAGGAAACAUGGCGUCAUGGCGAACGAAAUUUCCGCUAUAAUUUGGAGCCACUGGCACUGGGAUCAUAUUGGUGACCCAUCGCGGUUUCCUUCCUCCACUGACCUUAUUGUCGGCCCUGGUUUCAAGGAUGAGUUCCUUCCUGGUUAUCCAGCGAAGCCGGAUUCUCCUGUACGUGAAAGUGACUUUGCCGGCCGAAAUUUACGGGAAAUAGACUUCUCAAACUCUGUCCAAGUUGGCGAGUUCCGAGCUAUUGAUUAUUUCGGUGAUAGUUCGUUCUAUAUCAUAGACAGUCCCGGUCAUGCAGUCGGUCACCUUGGUGCAUUAGCCCGCACCACGACGAAUCCCGACACAUUCAUUUUCAUGGGAGGUGACCUUUGCCAUCACAGUGGGGAAAUCAGACCGUCGAAACACCUCCGCAUUCCUCAUGAUAUUCAACCGAGCUUCACUGCCCCUGUUUCAUUUCCAUGUCCUGGGGGCUCGGUAUACGAGCAAUUGCUAGUCCAACGGACUGGAUCGGUGGACAAGCCAUUCUUCCGACCAGCCAUAGGGGUAGAUAUUGAACAGGCAAUAGAUACAAUUGAGAAAGCACAGGUGGCUGAUGCAGAGAGCAAUAUCUGGUUUGUAUAUGCGCACGAUGCCAGCCUGUUGAACUGCGUGGAUCUGUUUCCCUUGUCGGCUAAUGGUUGGAAAGAAAAGAAAUGGCGGGAGAAAACACUGUGGGCUUUCCUUGAAGAAUUUGAAACGGCGAUCAAGAAAAUUUAA